CGACUUUGCACCAUCAACCAUGGCCAAGCCUGCAUCAGAACUAGCACCAGCAGCAUCACCAGCACCGGCAAUCGCGGAGAUGGACGACGCUGCGCCGCCCGCGCCGUACCGUCCCAACCCGAAGGUGGCGGUGGUUGUCGCUGGGGCUGCGCUCGCAGUCACAGUCGGCCUGACGAUCCUGGUGAUCCCAUAUGUGCGGCAGGCGGCGAAAAUCCAGGCGGCCGAGGCGGCCGAGCACGCACUGAAAGCGUCGGCGCGAGCGACGCGCGCCGAAGCGGGCGAGGUCGAGGCGCCGCUCACGUUCCGCGAGAAGCUGGACGCGCUGAAAAACGCCAAGACCGAGGAAAUGGAAGACGAGGGCAGCGAAGCCGAGCCCGCCGAGCCCGUCGAGCCCGUCUCGCCGUGGCUGGGCUUCCAGGCGCUCGGGAUCGCGACGGCUAUCGUGGGCGCGUCUGCCGGCUUGGGGGUGUGGGGCGCGGCCAAGCUUCUAGGCGUGAACAGCAUGGAGGAGUUCGCGGCGCGCAUGCGCGGAUCGCUCGAGGAGACGUAUCCCGAGCUCAUCCAGCAGGUGCGGCGGGAGGGGGACGAAGCGCCGGUCGACGCGCCCGACCUGCUUACGCGGCACGGUGAGUUCAACGAGCCCAAGUUCGACGACUGGAUCCGGGGGAUCGAGGCCGAGGAAGCGGCGGCGGCAGCGGCGGACAAAGCUAGCAAGGCCGGUGCGGAUGCCUCAAGUGCGGCGAACUACGGCGCAGUCCCGGUACAGGACAGUCGCGUGCUUGCCGAGCUGGCGGCGCAGCGUGCGCGAGCGCGGCAAGAGACGAGCGACGUGCGUCUAGUCUAGAUCCGCCCCGGGUCAUGUGCAUACCACACCCCACUGCAUUCCGCUGCACCAAGCCCGAAAUUCGAUAAUCUCGGGAGAUGGAGACGCCAUUCCCAUCACCGUAGGCCCUCGCCGCUCACAGCUCGCCGCUCGCCGCCGCCGUCGCUGACGGCGGUGGCGAAUCAUUGCAGACAUGGAAUGGCAUAGCGUGGUAUGGUGCAU